AUGGUCACCACAUUGCCCUGUCUCACAUCUAGCAUUCGCCUCCGUUGGCAGCCAGCUGCCCAAAGAGAAACUGCGCUUCAGCACUCGAGCACUUAUUGCUUCGCGCCACCCGUCAGAAGAGCCAGGUGCCCUGCCAUGGCCGGCCGAAGAGCUUCGCUUUUGUCUGCCUUCGCAGCAGGCGCUGUGCUGCACUUGCUGAUGAGCAACACCGUGUUCGUGCAGCCUGGACCAGGACCUGAGAAGUGCUGGUAUUCCACAGGAAAGGUGAACCUGGGCGUGGAUGGAUCGGUCGUGAAGUCCAAGAACAUGCCCGCACCGGUUCUAGAGGCGACAGAGGCAACAAACACUGCCAUCAAGGAAUGCUUGGAUGAAGGCUGCUCCAUUGAUGCUUUGAUGGAGUUGGACAAGAAGCUUGCCAAGGAUGAGGCUACCAUCAAGAAGAGCCUCGACAAUUUGCACAGCUCGCAAGCUGAAGAGUACUCGGAGGAAGGCAAGGAGCAGAUUGCCUGGCUGAGCAAUUACUUGGACCGCAGUGGAAGCCUCCGCGCCCAACUCCAGGCAGUCAAGACCUUGAAGGCUGAGGGAGACUUGGUUGCCCAGCUCGUGCGUGCUGCGUCAGUGGCCUUUGGCGGAGGGCGCAAGGGUGACUAUCCCAAGGCCCAAAUAUGCAAUGUCCGGGUGCACCGUGCGUGA